CAAUGCUACAAUUUUUUUUUAUUACACUUUUUUUUUCUUUAACAUCUGUGUGCAGGUUGUGCUGUUUGGCUCUGUAUUUGCUUGGAUGGUCUACUCCUACGGUGUGCUCCUGCGUGUUAGACAGAGGGUGACAUACAUUUGAUGUUUACAAAGCAGGAUCGGAGAGCAUGCAGGAUUAUGGUAUGUGGUCAACGAAGCCUCUGCGUACCGAGGAAGAAGAGCGCGAAUACAAGCGACGACGCGCAGAAGCGGCUCGACGACGGCGACAGAACCUGAGCGAGGAACAGAAAGCGGCCGAGCGAGAACGCAACGCAGCCGCGGCUCGCGAACGGCGGCUGCAUCAAACCGAAGAGCAGCGGGCGGCGGAACGCGAACGACACCGGGCUCGUCGAGCGAACCCGCAAGUGCGAGCGGCCGAGCGGGCGCGAGAUGCCGAAGCAAGGCGAAAGCGCCGGGCAAACCCCCACUUGCGGGCUGCCGAACGAACGAGACGAAGAGAGCGGCGACUGGCCGAGGGAAUCAGACCGACGAUGUCUAGGCGACAGCGCCGGGCGAAAGCGGCGGCGGCUCGGCGAGAUCGGCGGCUGACGGCCGACAGAAGACAGGCGUCGGCUUCGCCGUCACCGCCGUCGGCGGCAGUGGCGCGGGCUGCCGAGAACGACGACGAUAGCGGCUGCGACUUCGUGCUCGACGACUUCGGACAGCUGUGCAGCGCGUGUGACCGUCUGUGCUUCCGCCAGGACGUCUGCAAGGUGUCCCCGCUACACGUCCGACUGCUCGGCUGCGAGUUUCCCGACGAGAACGUCGCGGACUUUGUGCUGUGCAAGGCGUGUCGCGACUCCCUAGAAGCGGGAAACGUUUCUUCGCUGUCCAGACGUAACGGGAACGCGUGCCCACAGAUGCCUGAAUGGUUGACAAUACUCAGUUCGGAUGAAGAGGAACAGCUCGCCAGCUGCGCCGUGCAUGGCCCUGUGCCUCUCCUGUCGGCCAAAGGUGUGCAGACAGAGGUGGUCAUGCCACUUAGCAGGAGAGCGAACAUGGCGAUUGGGUCCUCGUGGAUCGACGAUGGUGUAUCCCGGUCGACACAGACACCAACUUCGUUGUCUGCUGCUGCGAAGGUGCAUAGCUGGACGGCGAUGGAAACUGACGAUCCUGGUAGUCUUCCACAACGGCGACGCUCACUUAGGAAGAGGGCAAGGUGAACAUUUCCAAAGUGUGAUGUUCAGCUGAAAGUGCUUGUAGAAGAACCAGCUUCGAAGCCUCUUCGACGACAAAGCUGGCCCUGUCAGUGGAGCGCAAGUGACGGCCGGUUCUUCUGUGUAAAGAAAGCUCUACAGGGUGAACUGUGAAAUUCAGCAAUUCAUGUGCCUUGGCCUUUUGGUGUACCGACGUCCUUGUGGACAUAGCAACAUUUGGGUUGUAUGCAGAAUGGACUGCAACGCAAGCCUUCACAACUGGUCACCAGCUGCGGGCAGCUGGUGGCUGAUGCAGCUUUAUGUGGAAAAGGCUCUGCAAGGUGAACCGCGACGUUUUGUGAACCACGUGCCUUGGCCUCUCACAUACAGACAUCCUCAUGGAUAAAUACACAUUUGCAUCAUCUGUACACGUGUGAACGUAAUGCAACAGACGCCUUUGUAAAUCGCCGCCAAUUGCAGGCAGCUGGUGGCAGUGUUGCGGUGCGACAACAGUGGCCCAACAGGUGUGUUGUUGGUCAGCUGGGCGCCUUAUUUAUGAGUUUACAUUAAAGCAGGAGAGAAAAA